GAAGAUCCUCCAAAGGGGGGGAUCAGGUUGCGUCUUCUUUUUUUUUUUUUUUUUUUUUUUUCCUCUUCCCCCUUCCUUUUAAGUGGAGAUCCAGAGUGCGUGACGGAAGAUAUAUAUAUUUAAUUGCUCCAGAUCAGGAUCUUCUCAGCUGUUUUAUUGUGCGGAACUGAACUAACACCACAGAGAUGAGCAUCGAAACGCUUCUAGAGGCAGCCAAGUUUUUAGAAUUGCAAGCCCAGCAACAACAGAAAACACGUGAAGAGGAGAAUGAGCUUUGGGAGAGACUGCACCUCGAACAGGAAGCAGGGAAGCAAAGAGCAGAAACACCUCCCAGCGUUCAAGUCGCACAUGCUAAUCACCUGACCUUAAGGGAGGAGUUGAGUCCAGAGCGUAACCACACUCCUUCAUCAGUCCUGUCCUCUCCGCCUCCUCCUCCUACCCUUCCUGCUACCUCCAUUCCAAUAACGGUCAUUCCCAUCCCAGUGGUGUCGGCCAGCCCGACCUCAUCACCUGUAUCCCCCCACGUCCCCAAAGACACACACUCACCCCCGUCUCAGCAUGCGCUGCCCCAACAUGCAAUCCUACCCCUUCAGACUAACGGCACUAAACUAUCCCAGCCCCUUCAGUCCUACCCUGGGUCCAUUGUUCGAGCCUCCCAUCAUGCUCUUCUUCCCCAGCCAGCAAACACACCUGCACAGCCAAGCAUCAUGGCCAAAACCAACCUAGCUGACGAUCUCCGUGGCCUGGAUGGCAAAAAAAGACCUGGAGGGGCAGGAACAAGGGAAGUGCAUAACAAGCUUGAAAAAAACAGGCGUGCACACUUGAAGGAAUGCUUCGAAACCCUCAAGAAGAACAUCCCUAAUGUGGAUGAAAAGAAAACCUCCAAUCUGAGUGUGCUGAGAAGUGCGUUAAGAUAUAUUCAGACUCUGAAAAGGAAAGAGAAAGAGUAUGAGCAUGAGAUGGAGCGCCUGGCUCGUGAGAAGAUCUCCAUUCAGCAGAGGCUGUCUGAGCUGAAGAAUGAGCUUAGCCAGAGGAUGGACAUAAUAGAGGUUGAGCGACUUCUGCGUCAGACAGUCCAGCCUGAAGAUGACCAAGCAUCCACCUCCACAGCCUCAGAAGGUGAAGAUAAUAUGGACGAGGACAUUGAGGAAGAGGGUGUGUUGACCUUGCCUCUUUCCUUACCCAGAGUGCCUCAGCCAAUACUCAGGAAGCCAUCUCCAUCUCUGCCUCAAACUAUUUGUGUCUCAUCCCAACCCUCCCAAACUCCAGGAGCUUCUACUGCAUCUCCUGCCUUGACCUCGUUCUCCGCUCAUCCUUCCUCGCCCUCACUCUCCUUGCCCCCUGCACAGGCCUCAGUGAACCAGCAGCCCCAGCCCAUGGUGGCACCUCACAACCUGACAUAUGGGCAUAUUGUAGCCACUCCCAGCAUCCAGCCAACAGUAAUCACUCAUGCUUCUUCACACGCUUCUGUCAUCCAGGCUGUCAGUCACGUCACCCAGACAGGCACCAAGCACAUAGCCCACAUCGCCCCCUCCUCCACCUCUUCCCCGUCCUCUUCCACCAGCGCCAUACAGCUCGCACCUGGACCUCAGACCAUCGGGCACAUCACGGUGCACCCAAUGGCCCAUCUUCCCACGCUAUACCAACAACCAGUCACCAUUUCACACACCCUCUCACAUGGCCAGGCCAACGGCACCCCAGCGUUGGCCAAACAGGCGCCCGUUGGGCAUCAGGUGCUCGCACAUCACCCGCAGCUUGUGGGCCAGACUGUCCUCAACCCAGUUACCAUGGUAACCAUGCCCUCGUUCCCUGUCAGCACACUGAAGCUGGCAUGAGAGAACAGGCUGACAUGGGCUCUGAACUUACUAGCACAACUUCUGCUAGUCACAUCCAGCAUUACAGCAGACAAAACAGUACAUUCCAAAUAAAAAAAAAAAUCUAUGGUGAGUCUAAGACAAAUCUAGCAAAUUUAUAUAUAGCAGUUAUGUUGUAUGGUAAAGGGGGGGGUUUGUAUCCCUUUGUGUGGAUAAAAUUAGAUUGUGUCCUCUUUCAUGCUGCUACUGUGUGUGUGUGUGUGUGUGUGUGUGUGUGUGUGUGUGUGUGUGUGAGAGAGAGAGAGAGAGAGAGAGAGAGAGAGAGAGACGUGGUAAACAGAAAGGUGGAUAAUAAGGCAAAAAUAUCACACAACUACUCAAGACAAUUUCACAAUAAUAGAAUUUUUAUCAUUGUAUUUACAUUUGCUCACAAAGUGCCAGGAAAUGAUCAGUGCUACAGUUAAAGAACUUUUAUAUUUGGAUACAAAAGUAAUUGACCACAGAACAGAAGACUAAAUGAAUCAUUUAGUACAAAUAUAUCAUUUAAUUUGAAUUACUUGCUAAUAGAUGUAACAAUACAAUUGGUCAUUGUCAAAAAAAUAAGCAUUGUUAUAUCAUCCAGCCCCAGGAGCAUAAAUGUUGUAGUCGUGCGGUAACUAUAAGGAUUAUGACAGGUUACUGUCAGGAUAGUUUGGAUUGCUUGACUGUAGUGCUCAGUGCAUUUGCACUCUCAUCAGCUAAUAGAACACUGUUCUAAUAAACCACGCUUUGAAAUGUGAUAACUUGAGUUUGGAAAUUGAGUUCUAGAGCUGUACCAAUUUUCUAACUGCUCUUUUAUAUGCCGUUUAUUGAAAAAUUUUAGUCCACCCUUAUCAGAAAGUAUCUUUGCAGGAGCAUGCAGUUUUCUUGAAUGUUUUCUUGAAUCUUUACUAUCUAGCAUUCAGGUUGUUGCCAUUAUUGCUUUUUGAUUGUAUGUCAUGUGUCUUGGAACUGAGGGACUCUAAGGAAAUCUCCUGUGCCUUUUAACCAUGCCUCUGUGGCACUGCAGUUUUCUUCAAUGCUGCACAGACGUCCUCUGGUGUCCUCUCUCUGGAACUGCACUCUCAGCUAACACACCAGCCAUUAGCUGCAGAACACUGGUUCUGCGCCACUGCCCAGCCUAGCCAGCAAAACUUGAGGUUACAGUUCUAUAGCCAUCACUGUGCCAUGGAGGGGCUAUAAUAUAGUAAAAGAAUAAAUGUAAGAUCCUGAACUUUAUUGUGAAUGUACUUUUUCUGUGUUCAGAUGGAAAACGCAAUGCCUUCAUCAUGUUAUAGCUGAUCAAUGUUAACUUUGUUUGGCAGGAGUGCAUAGCAAUUGUUACCGUGUGUGUGUGUGGCUUUGUCAACAUCCAUCUGAUUGAUGCUGAUUUAAUUUGAUUGUAUGUGUUUGACAGAGUGUUUGUGACUAAUAGUACAUGGUGGAAAUGUGUAGAAGAGAUACAGUACAUUAUCCAAAGCUUCUGUGAACACAUCAGGCUGUAAAACAAAUGUGAUCCUGUAGGAGUGUAAAUUCAGAAAGACAGGUGUACAUUUACAAUACUUCAAUCCAGAUGCCUAUGUGUCUUUACUGAGCCACAAUGAACACUCCACAGACCUGCAAGUCCUCUGAUUUGACUCACGAACCUCUAACACUGUGAUAUUGCUCAAGUGACCCACAAAAAAAAUAGCCCAAGUUUACAAUACGGAUAUUACCGAGUACUCACUUAAACUAGCAGAGCCCCUUUCAUCCAUUGCUAUGCUUCAUGAAUAAGUUGGAACUUAUUUUUUACUGAAAUCUGAUUGUGUUUACACACACAAGGAGGCACAUGUUCACCAGCUAAAACACAUUUUCUGGUUAAGCAUGUUUGAUCUGGCAUGUACAUGAAUGGAUUGUCAGGGAAAAUCUGUUUUAGGGACCAUAUACAGUACUGUAUACUAUGGGGCAACCUUUCUGACCUCUGUCCACAUUAAUAUUAUAUAUACAAAAAGUUUUUUUCCCUAUGGAGAAAGUGUAUGUUGUGUGUAUAUAGCCUGUACAUUUGGGGCUGCACAGAUUGAACUGUCCAUCGUGUUCAAGAUCUAAAUGAAGAGGUAGAGCAAAUCUAGAACAAAUGUUGAAUAAAUAAAAUCUUGAUACAUUU